AUGGCCAGCCAAAAAGGGCAGCUGCUGAUUAAUUUGAAAACAAGCUAUCCCGACAUGGUGGUAGAUAUUGGGAAAGUAGUUUUAGGAGAGAGAUCCAGGAAGAAGACGUCUUGCAAUCAGAAAAGGCAGCGAAGGAAGCUUUCUAUAGCCGUGUGUGUGUUCCUGAAUUCAGGAGGACCAAUAGUGAGGAUGGAGAGCGAAGACAAGAAUUACAGCUUCCAGGAGCGCGGCACUGGUCUGGACAUAGAGCAGAGCCUCAGGGUCUGCAUCGACUGCACUGAGACUGGCGAAUACUUCAUGUGGAUGCAGCAGCAGAGUUGCUUGCUGCUUUUUGUGAAAGCAUGGAGUUGUGGAGGUCCAGAGCAGGAAAGUGCAGCUACAAAGCCACAUGUCUGUAGCUUGAGCACUGGUUUGUCCUGCAGGUCUUUCACUUCAGCUGUUGCAAUGACUUCAAGCGAUGCCAUGAGAUUUCUGCAGGAGAAGGAAAGCUGCACCAAUGAGAAUGGGCCAAGCGCUGAGAAAGCUCUGCUGAAUUUUGACAGGGGAGCAAAGGAGACUCCUCUGAACGCAGAGGAGCACAUCCAGGAUGCUGCUGCUCUCUUAAAGAGAGACAAACUGAUGGCUGGGGAGGUCCUGGAUUUCACAGAGACCACACAUGUUGAAUUUAAGAGCUUCUCUAUAGAGAACAUCUUGUAAUAUAUUAGAAAAACCCUUCCGAAUUAUGUCUCUGCCUUUGCAAACACGCAAGGUGGUUAGUUAUUUUAUGGAGUGGACAAUGACAGUAAAGUCACUGGAAGCCACAGUAAAGUAGACAAAGAAACUGUAGAAAAAACAGUAGCUGCUACCAUGGACUCGAUGCUCGUCCACCACUUCUGCAGCUCUCAGGCUGGCGUGCGGUUUGAGACUCACAUCCGGAGCAUUUAUGACAAAGGAGGAGGCUCGCAGGGCUACGUUUACGUAGUGCGAGUUGGGCCAUUUUGCUGCGCUGUUUUCCAUGAUAACCCCGAAUCCUGGGUUGUCACAGAUAGGAAAAUUGAAAGACUGAGCAGCAGGCGCUGGGCGAAGCUCAUGACAGCUGCAGACCCAGAUCUUUCAAAUCUGGCUGAUAAAUUUGAGAAUGAGCUCAGUUUGUCAAAUGGUCCUCCUCUUAUCAAGCCAGUUUAUUCAAAAGCUGGUCUCGAGGGUGUGUCUGAACUCCUGGGUUCUAAUGAAAUCAAAUGGAAGCCAGAAAUCAUCUGCACCAACCUGUUCUCAGAGUAUCCUGGAUUAGAGGAUUUAGUGAAAAAACAAAUCCAUUCACUUAACAAGGGGGUACUGAUAUUUUCAAGGAGCUGGGCUGUUGACAUUGGAUUGCCAAACAAGCAGGAUGUUGUAUGUGAUGUUCUCUUAGUAGCUGAAAAUGCAUAUCCAGUAUUGUAUACUGUAGUCAAGGAUGCCUCUUCUGCUGAGUCUGAAAACUCGAGAGAAACUGCUUAUGCAUUAAAGCAGAAACUGGUGAAUGUUGGAGGAUGUGCUUCAACACUGUGUGUGAUUCCCCAGAUACUGCACCUGAAUGGCACAAAGAACCAGAUGGAAGUUGCAGAGGGGACAUCCCCGUGUGCGCUUGUGAUUGUCGUGCUGCACUUUGAGUCCUGUUUAAGUGACCAUCUUGGCUGUGAGAUUUUCAACCUUCUUACUCUCAGACAGUAUGAGCUGCUCUCCAAGAACCUGCACAAAGCCAAGGAGCAGUUUGUCCUUGGUCUUCCUGGAACAGGGAAAACAAUCGUGGCUUUGAAGAUCAUUGAGAGAAUAAGAAACAUUUUUCACUGUUCUGCCAAAGAGGUACUCUGCAUUCGUGAAAAUCAACCCUUGAAGAAAGGUUGUGGGGUAAGCAGUAAUAUCUGCCAGUGUGGGACACGUUUCUCCUUCUUAAAUGGGAACUUCCCCGAAGUGAAACGCAUUGUGGUUGAUGAAGCUCAGAAUUUUCGUCCUGAAAAAGACUGGCACCAAUGUGCCCGGGAGCUAGUCGAGAAGAAAAGUGGCAUUUUCUGGAUCUUCCUGGAUUUCUUCCAGUCCACUCACCCAUAUGGUUGUGGUCUUAAGUUUUCUGAACUAUAUCCUCAGGAAUGGUUGACCAAAGUGGUCUGUAAUGCCAAGCAAAUCUACACUGUCAUGCUUGAGCUAAUGGAGGAAAUCCUCCAAAACUGUAACACAGAGAUGCCCUGUGAAGUGCUGAAAGAGUUGUUUAAACGGGCUGAAUGUGGCCAUUCUUUGCCAGAGAUUGCAAUCCUGUGCAGCACAGAGGACACAGCCCAGGCCUUCCAUGAGAUACUGGAACCCGAGCUGAAAAGACAAAUAAGAAAGUGCAGGGUGAGGUUGGUCCUGGGGCACGUGGAGGAUGUUUCAGUAGACAUCGUUGUUCUUGACAGAAUCCGACGCUUCUCAGGCCUAGAAAGGAGGAUCGCGUUUGGCAUCCACCCUGUCCCUGCACAAGAGGAGACGGCUCGCAGACUUCUGCUCUGCACAGCAUCCAGAGCCAACACCAAACUCCAUGUGCUGUAUCACAAAGACGUUCUUAGGAGACUUCUUUAG